CUAUUUGCUACUGUAGUACUGUCUAAUCUAGUGCGCUAUCUCCAUUUCCUCACCUCUUCCUUCUCUGCCUCUCUCCCUCUCCCUCUCCCUCUCCCUCUCUCAUUGAUAAACUCCCCCCAUGCUCACACACUCAACCAACCUCCCUCCCUCUCUCAUUGAUAAACUCCCCCAUGCUCCUCUCGCUCCUCCUGUGAUGAAGCCAAUGGCCACCAAUGGCGGCAUGGCUCCCUCCUUCUUCCCCGCAAACUUCCUCCUCCAAAUGCAGCAGCCCCUCCCUCACCACCACCCCCAGCAGGAACACCCUCACCAUGAGCACGAGCACCAUUUCCUCGCUCCCCCACCCCCCUCCCUCAACCCCUUCCUCCACGACUUCGGCGGCGCGAUGGCGGCGCCGCCCCCGCCAAUGCUGUCCGGCGGCAUCGGCAAGCCGCCCAUGUACCCUCCCGACGGCGUGGACGACGAGGCGCGCGCCGCCGCGGGGGCGGACGGGGCGGCGUCAGACGACGAGGAGGGGUCGGCCGCGGCGGGCGGCAGGUGCGGCGGGGAGCGGAAGCGGCGGCUGAGCGUGGACCAGGUGCGCACGCUGGAGCGGAGCUUCGAGGUGGCGAACAAGCUGGAGCCGGAGCGGAAGGCGCAGCUGGCCCUCGCGCUGGGGCUGCAGCCCCGGCAGGUGGCCAUCUGGUUCCAGAACCGGCGCGCGCGGUGGAAGACGAAGCAGCUGGAGAAGGACUACGACGCGCUCCGCCGCCAGCUCGACGCCGCGCGAGCCGAGAACGACGCGCUCCUCGCCCACAACAAGAAGCUCCAAGCCGAGAUCAUGGCGCUCAAGGGAGGAGGAGGAAGGCAGGAGGCGGCGUCGGAGCUGAUCAACCUCAACGUCAAGGAGACGGAGGCAUCCUGCAGCAACCGCAGCGAGAACAGCUCCGAGAUCAACCUCGACAUCUCCAGGCCGGCGGCGGCCGUCGAGAGCCCCAUGAACAACCACCGCGCUGUCCCGUUCUACGCCUCCGCAGUCGGCCGCUCCGGCGGCGGUAGCCUCGACAUCGACCAGCUCCUGCACAGCCACACGUCGGCGCCCAAGAUGGAGCUCGGGCACGGCGACCCCGCCACGGCGAGUGCCAGCUUUGGCAGCCUGCUGUGUGGUGGCGCCGUCGUCGACGAGCAGCCGCCGUUCUGGCCGUGGGCCGACGGCCACCACAACUUCCAUUAAUCGAUCACAUCUGCAUGAAAGCAAUGCACGUUGUGUAUGAUCAAAGAUUCAGUGUGGAUCUCCAUUUCUUGGCAAAGGGCCCGCCGGGGAUGAGAUCGAUCAAUCAACGCCACGAUGAGGAGUUCUUGAUCAAAUUAAUUGAAGAAGUAUAUGUGAGGUGAUGGGGUGACCCAGUUUGAGUGAAGAUCAGGAGAAACGAGUCAUGAAUGAUUGGGGUUGGAUGGAUCAUGUGUCAGUCUUGGUAGAUUUUGGAGUUGAGUAGUAAGUAUUAUUAUUAUUUUCAUUUUCAUUUUGUUUUGACCUUAAUCACUUUCUUUUUUUGGCUGUUUCAUAAUUAUAUAGGCGAUUAUUAUGUAUAGGAUUAUGAUAGUACUCAUCAAGUGCUGAUUACAUUGUGCCGGCUCUUGGAACCCCAUAUUUAUUUACUACUUGUGUGGAUCUACUGUUAAUUAAAUAUAUGGAAAUAUCUCUAUAUAAAUGCUAGUUUAAUUUAUUUA